UCUUUCUCUCCCGAAGGGACGCCUUCAGCACACAUCAACACUCUGUGGCCAGUGCAUUUAUCACUGGCAAUCCCGAACCUGCUUUCCUGUUGCUUCAAUAAACCUUCAAUACACAUUCGUGAAUCUGGAUCAUGCAAAGUCCUUAUUGAACAAGAUCAGAUCUAUAUUCCUGGAUUGGUAACUGCACUGCUUCUGCAUCUGUGCUCAUGCAAGUUCUUCUUUUGAACUCGACCAGUCCUAUAGUGAUUAUUGACUAUAAUCAGAAAUUAAGCCCAGCCACACCCAGCCCCUCUGAUCUCUGAGGACCAGCUGGAAUCCAAGGGGGGGAACAGGUUAAAAGCAGGAGACUGGAGGGAAGGACUGUAAAUCACCCAAGUGACCUUGCAGCUGGGAAUAACCCUUGAUAAACCAGUGUGAACAGCAGCCAGUGAUCCUGUGGUCUGGACUGAGUUGAACGGUGCCUCCGUCUCUGCUCAUGUGCCUCUGCCUGGGCGCUUCUUCAGGGAUUCCCCAGUUAGUGAGGUAACAGAAAUAAAUUUACUGUUUGUGUUCUAGCCAGAGUUUGUGUCCGUCCCGGCUGCCUGCCUGUGCCGACUUACACAUAGAUCCAGGAGCAACCAUGCCAUGGCUAGCCAAAAAAUCAAAAAAGCUAAGAAAGCCGAAAAAGCUGAAAAAGUCGGGGCCUGGGGAGGCUGUGAUGGUGAACCCCCACAUUCCAGGAUGGCCCAGUACUGAGCGCUGGACCCCCGUGGCCACUUUCCUGGCUACAAUGGCCACUCCAGAGACGUGGCCUGAAAUAGAUGACGGGGUGGUGGUGAACCCCCACAGGGUCGAGGUUGCCAUGCGCGGAUUGCCAUGGAAAGCGGCAUCAAAGUCUUCCCGCAAGCUGGCAGGGAGACUGGGAUGGCUGUUGGCUACUGGUCUCAGAGCUCUAGACCGUGAAGUCAUAGCCCUGCAGAGUAAAGUUAGCGAGCUGGAGUUACUCACCUAUGCCAGAGCUCGCGACUGUGAAGCCAUAGCACUGCAGAGCAAAGUGAGGGAGCUGGAAUUGGUUACCUACGCUAGAGCUCUCGAACGGGAAGUUACAGCCUUGCUGAGUAAAGUGAGAGAGCUGGAAAAGGAAGUUGUGACUUUACAGGCUGCAAAUGUGAUCGCUCAUGAAGUCACUACCACUCAAGCAGAGCAGUGCUAUGAGCAGCAAUGCACUAUACAGCAGCUGGUGUCACCUAGGCAUAAAUAUGUGGAAAAUAAGGUUUUGAUCUCCCAGGUUCGUGCUCCAACUUUGAAAUCUUCACGGGAUACCAAGGAAUGGGAUGGAAAUAUCUGGAGUGAGUACUCAGACUUUGAGAUUGAGAUUUAGCCAGAGUUAGUAGAUAGGGAUGUGGUAUAGAUCACAGAUACUUAUAUUCCAAAAGAGUUUCAAUUAUACACUCCCAGACAAGGAAAUCCUUUUGAAUUAGAAGUAAUAAUUCUAGAUGAUUUAGUCUUAUGGGGAUUGAGGCAGAUGACUGGACCAAAAGAUAAAAAAAAUCUGUAGAAUUUUGGUCCAAGGCAUUCCAAGGCACUGCUAUACAUUUUACCCCAAUGGGAAAAUUAAUUCAAAAUGUAGCUUGGGCACUGCAAGAAACUGAAAGAAUCACAGGCCAACAUAGUGUGACUGUACACCUUCAGUACAAAACACAGUGAGGACCAAAAAUUCUCCAGAUGAUGUCUCUCCCAAAAUAUUAGCCAAAGGGAAAUGGAAUUUUACACCAAUGGAUCCUACAAACUAUUAAUCUAGAUGUGACCAUUCAUAUAAUAACCCCUGACAAUACAGUAUGGUUCUGUAGUCUGUCUUCUCCCCUUUAUUCUCCAUCCUCUGUUAAUAUCAUAUUCUCAAGUUCUUGUAUUUCAUGUGUCUUUGAUGAUUUCCUGUGCAUUAUCUAGGGGGGGUGCAUUGGAACUAUAUUAUUGGUGGCACAAACCCAACAUUCAAACAAAAUUCAAUCUAAAAAAGGGCAAGCCACACCUCUCCAAUCUGUGUGGGCAAUUACCCCAUCUCAAGUUACCAAGCCUGGAGCAAUAUUAGCUGAAGGAGCUGGAGCAACAGCAACAGCGUAUGUGUUACAGGACAGAGAUGACACUCCUUUUUCCCUCCCUUACCACAGGCUGGCUUGUUGUGCUUUGUAGGCUUGUACUAUGACAGCAUAUCUUAUAUACAUUUCUGCAAAAUCAAUAUGUAAAUAUUUGUGUGUGGUUGUUUUUUACUGUAACUAAUGUCUUAUUAUUCUUUCUGAGAAGUGACUAUAGACCAGCUGGCGUGUGCCCUCGUGCAAGGUUUAACUGGGACAUCCAAGAUAGCUGUUGCCUUAAAUUUGGGAGUAACUGCUGUACACCUUACAACAUCAAUAACUGAUGAGCUACAUCACCCUUCAACAUCAAAAAUGCUGUUCUGAGUUUGAAGGCAUGUGUUGUUUGACCUGCAGAACCAGCUGGCAUGGAGGAUAUCAUUCAAGGAUAUCAAGGACUACAUCUAAUCACACAACCUGUCGGUGGUACCUGGCUAACUGGGUGGUUUACUUCCCUGGCAAGAGGGGUGGGACACUUAAAGCAUUAUAUGCUUAUAUGUUUGUUCCUUUUCCCAUAUGCUUCAAGUGCCUCUGUAAAUCUCCUAUCCCACAUUUCCAGCCCCAGCAGCAGUGGUCUCUUGAGCAAGGGGGUGGCAAGCUGGGAGGAAGGGGUUAAAAGCGGAAGACUGGCGAGGAGGACUGUAAGUGGCUCAAGUGACCUUGCAGCUGGGAAUAACUCUUGAUAAGCCUGUGUGAAGAGCAAGCCAGGGAUCCUCUGGCAUGGACUGGGUUUAACGGUGCCUGCAUCUCCACUAGUGCACUUCUGCCCGGGUGUGGCUUUGGGGAUCCCCCAGUUAGUGAGGUAAUGGAAAUAAAUUUACUCUUUGCCUUCUA